AUGAAUGAAUCAGUACUGAAAAUAAAUGCUAAAACAAAUGAAUUAGAAACAGUUACUGAGGAACCAAUUAUAAGAAAUAAAACUUUCAAAGAAUAUAAAGAAGAACAAAAAAGUCAAGAAAGGAAUUCUCGUUUAGAUACAAUAUCUAAGGCACAAGGUGUCAAACGAUUGUCUUUAUCAAGAAAUUCAGUUACAGGACAAGUUCAACCUCAAACGCCUGCUAGUUGUCCAAAUCGUUCACCAUUAUCUUGUAUGAAUGUUUCUAUCAAUGAGCCAAUGUCUGCAGUUGAGAAAACAAAUAAACUUCUCAUGUUUCAUGAAGGUGAUAAUCCAACAGGCAGUGGCGGCGGUAGUAGUAGUAUUGGUAGAAAGAUUAGUCGAAAUCUUCCUUCAUUAUCAUCAGCUAUGAACACUAGUCGACCACCGUUAUCAAUGUUAAGCAUCCUAGCGGCAAAAAGAAUUACACGUAAAUUCUUGUCCACAUUUGCAGAUGAUAAAUACCAUCGAGAUUUAAAUGCAUUCAGUAGAUUAUCUUCUUUUAGUCCAGCAUCAUUUAAUGUAGUCAGUUUUCUGCCAACUUAUCAACUUGGCCCUAAAGAAGUAUUCAAUGUGACCAGUGUACAAUCUGUAAUUGAACAACUGAUGAAUACUCGUAUUGAAUCUCUACCAUCAAUUUAUGAUGAAAAAAAAGCCAAUCGAUUGUGUACUACACUUGGUAAUGAAAUUAAAGCUCUAUUAAAAACUUAUGGGAAAGAUCGCUACCGUUAUAUAGUAUACUGUGUAGUUAUGCAGAAUUGUAAACAAAUGGCUGGAUUCACUAAUCGUGUCCUCUGGGAUAUGAACUAUGAUCGUUGUUUCCAUUUAACACAAAAUAUUUCAUCCUAUUUUUUCGAUUUCAAAGACAUGUCAGCCGUAGCAGAAUCUUUGCCGUCUGAAACCAAGCGUUCAAAGAUCGAGAACGGCUUAUCAACUAACACGGUGUGUUUGCGAUUCAAAAAGUUAUCCGAUCAAGCUACACCUCCUACUCGUGGAUCAGCUUUUGCUGCCGGUUACGAUCUUUAUUCCGCACAAGAUACUACCAUACCUGUUGGAGGCAGGGGUUUGGUUAAAACAGAUAUACAGAUUGAACUACCUGAUGGAUGCUAUGGUCGUGUUGCUCCAAGAAGUGGUUUAGCCUUGAAAAAUGGAAUUGAUGUUGGUGCUGGUGUUAUCGACCAAGAUUAUCGUGGUAAUUUGGGUGUUGUACUUUUCAAUUUUGGUGAACAGGAUUUUGAAGUAAGUUGUUAGCUAUUUGAUAUUGUUAUCGUAUUUUGUUGUGUAAUAAGUUUAUGAUUUGACUCUUUGAGAGUUCUGGCUAUGGCAACGAAACAUCUGUUGAUAAUUUUUCCCUUAAAGUGUCUUCGUCUUGGUGCUAAGUUUGAGCAUUGUUGUUCUCUUUGGAGAAUAAGUAAUGUUUAAGUUACAUUUUCACUUUUUAAAAAAAAAGUUCAGCUUCAGUUUGGUGAUUAUGUGAUCACCUACACUUCUUGUAUGCCGACAUAUAUCCAUUCGUGCUUAAGAUUCAUGUACUAGUGCUUUGAUGAACGUUCUUUUACAUGUAGGUUUAGAAGUUAUCAUUGUACUAUCUUUUUUUCUUUUCGAGCGAACACUUAUUCUGAUAGAUCACGAUGGGCUUCGAUUCCUCUUGGGUAUGAUUUUGAUACAUAAAGCAGUUAAACUGAAAAAUUACGACAAGCGGGCGUUCUUUCUUGUCUCAUCAGCCAUUACUUGACAUGUAACGAAGAUGCGAUGCUCGCUCACAUUUUAGCAAAAGGCUGUGUUUUUCAAAGCCUGGUCAACGGGGUUCGAGCACUUCCAGUGACUAGCGAUAUUAUCAAACAGUCCAUGCCCGAUGGUCCAGUAUUACAAUACACUAUAGAUUUAACUCACCUGAUGGCCGAAUCUCACUAUCUUUGGCGAAUUAAAACCACUGCUCUACGAAAUGAGUCGCCUUGUGCAGUUGAUAGUUACCUGAUGUUCGGUGACAAAGUGGUAAUGCCACAGUCUCUGAAACCGUUUAUUCUUCAAUCACUUCAUAUUGGUCAGGAGUUAGCUGGAUGAAAUCCACCGAACUAAGUUUUGCCUACUGGACCCAAAUGGAGCACCGACUUGACUGAUAUUAGUGUUGAAAUCCGGAUGUUGUUCACGCUUUAUACUUAGUGCAGUACAGUAGAUCUCCACACUGAUUUCAGGUUGAGGGCCCGUCUUGCUGUCUUCCCGAUCAUAGUUUUGACAUCCUCAUCUGUGCCGCUGCCUAUAGUUGAGACGACGCUGCCUUGCCUAGGUAGGUGAAAGAGAACUUCCUUUAGAUUUCUUCUGUUGAUGGUGAUUGGUGCUUCUCGUUGUUGUUGUUGUUGGUUGGGUAUCUUCACCAUCUCUGUUUUCCCUAUGUUCACCUGAAGGGAGUGCCUUCUUCGCUGCCUCGCCUCCACUGUCAACUUGUGGGUUUUCGCCUGUAGAUCUUCGAGUUUGUACGACAAGAUAUUAGAUAAAUCAUCAUCAUCGACGAAAUCCAAAUAAUCUUCUGGGGUCUUUUCAUCGGUCCAGCCAACGAAUGCCAGUCUUCUCGCUCCUCACAGUUUCUUGUAUGAUCUAGUCCAGUCCAGUCGAUCAUGAUCAUGGAGAUCAUCGGUGAUAGUAGACUGAAACCUUGUAUUGUCUUACUCCUGUCUUCAUUUCCACUCCAAAGGCAUCACUGAGCUUUCCAUUGUGAAUCACUUAGCAUGUAGCAUCAUAUAACAUAGCAUAUAGUUGUUGAAUGAGGUUGAUAAAGGUUUGUGGGACUAAAACCGUAGUGUUGAAGUAGAUGGCAAAUUACUUUUUGGUCGACGCUAUUGAAGGCCUUUUCAAAGUCGAUGAGGUUGAGUUGAGUUGACUGGCAUUCUAUGCUCUGUUCUAUGAUGAUGUGUGGCGUAGCGUUUCAAUUUGAUCCACACAUGAUUUUUGUUUGUUUGACGCCAGCAGCCUAUUCCGGUCGUAAUUUUGAAUCCAGCGCAUGUUUUAGUCUCGCCAAGAUGAUGCGGCUUAAUAUUUUGCUUGGUGUGGACAGGAGUAUGAUUCGGCGCCAGUUCUUGCAAAGCCUUAGACCUGCCUUCUUUUGGAGUUUAUCGCUUUGUGAAUAUCCUUGUGUUUAUACACACCGCCUCCAAUGACCAAAUCAAUAAACGCUUCUCGACCCAUGACAUUUCUCUUCCUGUGUUGUCUGCUCCCAGUUUGGCAUUCACGUCACCCUACCCAUUAGAAUUUUGAUGUCGCCUACCUGGGUGGAGUCUUGUCGAGUAUCGAUUGCAGUUGUCUGUAGAAUUCCUCCUUCUCUUCAUCUGCAUUAUUUGUAGGUGCGUAGAGUAGCGUAGCAUUGUAUGAUUGUGACUUCCUUUGUAUUGAGUUGAAUCUUGCUGUCAUAAUCCUGAUCUUGCAGGAGGAGUCUGGUUCCCACUGUAUGAGAGUCUUCGAUGCCUUGGGGACAUCAUGAUAGCCACUCGAAAACUCAGUGUGCUAGUGGUUAUCGUCUGGGUGACAAUAUCGGAGUUGAUUACUGACUGUCCAGUUAAGAGUUUGGAGAAUCCACUUCCAUUCCAUCUGCUUUGGCAGAUUCCUAGCACAUCUAUACCAUACCUUCUCAUCUCUUUUGGAAUCUGGGCAGCCUUUCUAGGUUCAAACAUUGUGUGGACAUUCCAUGUCCCUAUGUUUACUUUCGCUUUCAUCGAGAAAAGACACAUCGGCCAACUGGCAUCAUUUCAUCUCCCCGAUUCCAGCUGGGAACAAGUUUAUUUUUAUUUUUUGUGUUUUCUUUGUGCUCUGAAGUUUCUCUAGCGAUCGGAUUGGUUUUACGGGGUAGGGUUGCUAGCCGUAUGCUCAACCUUCCCUGUUUAUCUGGGCUUAGGACCGGCUAGUAACUAGUGAACUAGUUAACUCGGUGAGGUUCCGUACCACUCUAAAAUGAACCAAUUACCCUUUGACGUCAAAGGUCACUGUAAAUUCUAUAAAUAGGGUCGGUUUUUACUGGUUCAAGACACUACAAACUCCACUGUUUAUCAGUUUUCUUCGAUUGCCCUCUUUGAAUCACUCUGGUUGAACCUUCUCAAUCGUCACUUAUUAUCGCUUGGCCUCACAACUCCUCAUCGUAAGAACGCCAAAUGUGAACUUUAGUUCAUAUAACUCAGUAAUAAUCUAUUCGAUAUCUUAACAUGCUUUGUCAUCUUCAGUGCUAUCCGCUAAUUCUAAUCUUAUAAUGACAUUGCAUGUUGAACUUAUACGAUAACUACUUUUUGUUAAGCUUUUAUUGUAAUCCCGUCAAACUUUAAGUACUUAAGGCGGGACCUGGUAGAGGGUACCUUGUCAUUUUGUUCAAUUUGAAAGCGAAAUGAUGUGAUACUACUAGAGUAUGAAGCAAGAUAGCUACUUGUGUACAAAACUUACUUCCAGGAGCUUCACAAAAUCUUAUUACGCAACGGAUAUGCGUAUUUCAGACAGAAUCAACGUAAAACCUCGCGCAUAAGUGCAUCGGUUUAAGUUACCACACUUCACAGUAGUAUGCAAAGAACAGGCUGGUAAAAGAAGAGUGAUAUCACAGUUAUAUGAAAGAAUAAGCAAUCUGGAGUUAAAGGUUAGUGCUGGUAUUCAAGCUUUAAAAGGCAUCAACCAGCGAAAUACAUCUGUGCUACUGUGACCAGUUUUCAGCCAUAUCACCAAGUGUCCUCAACCAUUGAUUCCUUGUGUCUCGGUGAUUCCAACUUGAUAGUCUGCGUCCUCCCUACAUGGCUCAAACUGUUACCAGGUCUUGGUUUGGCUACUUCGAACCCUCCUCAAACCUAAUCCAACUUCUCCCUACCGUGGGACAUCGAGGUAGGCAAUGACUCGGGAUUUCUAUUUUGGGUCAAAAAUUGUAAAACAUUCAGCAACAAUUUACACGUUUGUGCAAUAGGCAAUGAACCACACUCAUUGCAUACGGAUUAGUUAUACUACCUGGGUGCUCAAACUUCAGUAGGUAAAGUGGGAUCGUAAAACUGUAAUCCACAGGUUGUAAGUUUAGCCCCAAGACCAAAACUGAAUGGAAUAUCUCUUAGGUGUGAAUUUAGAAAGUGUCCUAGCAAUAAUGAAUUUAGUGAGAUAUGUUGUCAUGGUAUACGAGAAUAGUUUUUUUUCAUGAGCUGGCGGUGUUGUAAAAGGUCAAGUCCCACCUAGGUUUCCAAGCAUGAAUCUGGUUCCAACUUUCUUAGGUCGUUAACUUUGGAAGAAUGAAUGAGACUAGAAUCAUACUUUUUGUUGAUAGUUUUGUAAAAACCUUUAAGCAUCUAUCUACUUAGUGUCUUGUAUCUAUGAAAUGCCUAGCAUUUACCCUGCUGAAUCCUCUUGUUCUCAUGCUUUUAUAAUUAUGUUUUAAAAAGCCGAGGUAGGCACUUGUUUCUGUUAGGACGUACCUCCUUUGGCAAAUACAAGUGGAUUAGUUCACGGAAUUAGUGUUAACGUAAGAGGGAUACAUUUUAAUUUUUGACUGCACCAAUAAACGUGGAAAACACAAAAACUAACCUAGGUCUAAGAUAUAUUCCGACUAAUGCGUUUCUUGUUUCCACAUUAUCAUCUAUCACUUGUGAAUUCGAGGUCUAACUGCUUUUUUUCCAGCUUAUAAAUGGUAUUUGGUCUUACUGUAUUUCGUUAUGAAUCUUCAAGAAUUUUCAUUUUCCUUCAAGUAGUUCUCGAUUCUCAAUAGCUCAUCAUCUCCCAACCAACUAAGUAAAGUUGCUUUGCUCUGAAAAACAAUCCUCGUCUAUUAAUCGAUCGAUGCAAGCAGCUAAAAAGGAACUUGUGAAGUAAAAUUAUGUCUUAUUGUUAUGAAUUUGUUUUUAUUUUGCUCUUCAUAAGGGGAAACAUGUUCAUAGAACUUUAAUUCCCAUUUCUCAAGGCCGUUUCUAUGCCCUAAUCUUUCAAUGUUUUGCUUUCAUCUUGUCUCGAUUCUUUUGGAGAGUACGCGGUAGUCAUGACGUAUGCCUAACCACCGUCUGCCUCGUUGCACAAUGUUGGCUGAAGUAGGUUCAGGCUUGAAAAAGGCUCAGAGGGGCCAGACUAAGACAUGGCAUCAAUGCGUGAAGUCCUUGGCUGUUUGUUUAAACCAUGUGGGACGAUGCAGACUAGCUGGUUGGGGUCCGCAGGGCAAGAGGAACCGGUAGUUGAAGAUUCUAGGUGAUAUGGCUCAGGAUCGAUGUCGGUGACUCAGAUGCAUACACACGUUAUCCUCAUCUUAGCCGCUACACUUAGUUUCAUUUCAUUCUUUCUUCCUCUCUUUUACCACUUCCUACUUGCUUCUUCAUCUUUUAUUGCCUUGUUGUUACGUGAUGUGCUGAUAUUGAGGUGUGACAACUUGGGCCGUUACGCAGUAAUGCCCGUUCUUAUGUCGAUGAUGAUGAUGAUGAAGUAUCUAGAAACUUGGACUAAUAUCCAAUUAUUGUGAUCUUGUCUUGAAAGUUGGUUUAAACACUCUUUGUUAUGACCCUACUCCUUCACAAUCCAUACAUAUGCGGCAUGAAGUACAAACCGCUUAGAAUAAGAUACGAUUCAUAUUUCAACAUUGUCCCUUAACUAUACCUGUUAUACCACCUUCAGAGUCACUUUGGGAUGAGUAUAUUACUGAGGGAGUCCUUGUAGCUCUCUGAUUCCAGGUUGUUUUUAUUGUAAGUCAAUUUUUUUGGUUUCCUCGUGAUAAUUAGUUAACCUUAUUUGUUCUCACAUGCAUUGUUUUUGUCACAUUUCAGAUCAAGAAAGGUGAUCGUAUAGCACAGCUAAUCUGCGAGCGUAUUUUCUAUCCGGAGUUAGUGGAGUGUGAAUCACUGGAAGAGACAGAACGUGGCUCAAAUGGUUAUGGUUCUACUGGGGUAUAAAGUUUCAUACUUCACGUUCAGAUUCUAUAUUUUUUUAUAAUAAAGUUAUUAUGAAUGUUA